AUGCUUCCAAACGGAGGAGAAGGACCCAAUGACUCGGAAGGGGAUUUCAUCGCUCCGGAUGACACAGGUGGCCUGAUUCCAGAGCUCCUGGAAUCAGCUUCAGUUGUACGAGAAGCGUCCGGAGAAUUUGCCGGCGAAACACACGGAGAGCCGGAAGAGCUGAAUGCUCCUCUCUUGCAAGAAAGCUCGCAGACAGCAGUCUUGAACGCCAAUGCUGAUUACUUUGGCAGUGAUAGCGAGUUGUGGGACCACUCCAGUGCAGGGACCAGCAGCAGCGGCAGCGGUGAGUCCGAGGAUGUGGACUCCCUGCCAGAGGCAGUGGAUCGCAGCAAGAGGCAGGCGUUGAAAGUACGUGGCGCGGGCACGGAGUUGGCCGAGCAGAGCAGGCUGGAAGGAGGGUACUUGCUCCCAGCAGCCGAGGAGCGCGAAGAACCCGACAACAAGGAAGAGACCGAAACGAAGGAGGCAACAAACGACAUCGUUGAAUUGCCUGCAGAGUAUCGAGCGGCUAGUCGUCGACGACGUGACGGCUUGGACAUGACUGCAGUGCUGUCGAAGAAGAGGCAGCAGCAAGAGGAAUGCGCCCAAGUCUCUCGAGAGCAGCUGAAGAAAGACCCCGCAUCCGCUUUCCGGCUAUCCUGGGAAGAAGACGAUGAGUUUCCAAUCUUCUUAGUGCAGGCGACACUGGAUCAUGCGCAGCUCGAUAAGGCAGUCCUCCACUACAGAUCACUACCACCGGCAGAAUCGCGAAGAUACCACUGCUUGGUGAACUUGGCUUGCUGCCUGGUGUCCUUGAACCAGCCUCGUCCUGCCCGCGCUUUGCUGGAGCAGGCAGUAACCCUUCAACCACAUCGGGCAGCCGCACGCAUGAACCUCACCUACUGCCUCCUGAGAAUUCGAGAUCGACCCAAUGCUGUGCUUGCCAUCGAUGAGGCGUUGCGACAUGCGGAGGAUCUCAGUGCGGAUCAGCACCGGCUGCUGCUGUGGACUAAGAAGGACCUCUCGAAGACUCUGGUAUCGAAGCGUGGCACUCCCAAUCGAUCCGGUUCCGUGGCCAGAAAAUUCGGGAUCACCCAGGAGCUGCUUCGACGCAUGUCGCCGGGGGGCGGGGGCUGCUGGCAAGAGACGAAAUCUAAAGGAGGCGACCGGUGGCUGGAUGUUGACCCGCAUGGAGGCCCGGGCCCCGGGCCGGGCCCCGUGGCUCUUUGGAAACGCUUGGAAGCAGUGUCCUUCGACAUGUACGUGUUUCAGAUGCGCAAGGAGUUGGUUGCGCUGCGCAGCCAUGACACUGAAGUCACUCCGCCGUGGGGGCGGCGGUUCCUCUACAGCGAAGACUCUGAGCAAGCCAUCUCAAGCAAGAAGGCGAGGUGGCAGCCUUUGAAUCCGGAGGAGCUCGAGGCAGUGCGCAAGGCGUAUUCUGACAUGGCGAAGGUGAGAGCUGGCGAGGCCGUGUCUGACGUGGAAGAGGACGUCUUCUCCGACGAUUCCCAGGACGACGUCAUCGACAAUCGGGACAGUCAGAUUGAGAAAAAGGCUGCUCGGCGUGCUUUUGCGGCAGUGAGAACCCUGCUCCCAGCUAAGCAAGCUCUGGCAGAAGACAAGGCGGUGGCUUUGCUCCAAGCGGGCGAACUUGUGGAGGUCUCUGGCGGCCGUCAGAUCUUCCAGCAGGGCGAUCCUGCGGAUCACAUCUUCAUCAUCAUCCAGGGCUCGGUCUCCAUCAAGAUCCUGAUGCCUGAUCUCGGACCAGAUGUCAUCCCUGUGGAGACCCUGUAUGAUGGGCAGGUCUUCGGUGAUGCGAAGGUUGCUGCUUGGAGGGACGCGCAGGAGGGUCCUCCCCGGCGCAAGGCAGGGGCGCAUGCUCAGGAGGCACGUGACGACUUGCGAAUAUGUGCAGGAGACUAUCGCCAGGCGAUGGGCUUGCUGGAUCACGGGAAGGAUGCCGCCAAUUCCAGGACCGCUCUGAGACAGGAAGCUGAGAAAGUGCGCAACCGAACGGCCAGGGAGAAUCAGAAGGAGGAGACGCUGGAGCAGGACGACCAGGCAGCAGCAUUGCUCCCUGAUGUACGACGGAAGGUGCAUGCAUUGGCAAGUUCACCACUGUUCGAGGGGGCGAACAUUAACAAUCUGGCACUCCUGGCUUCCAACGUGGAGGAGAUAGUCUUGCGGUAUGAUGAUGUCUUCCUGGAGAUUGGGCAGGCGCUUCAAGCUUGCUUCCUGAUCUCCGGUGGCUAUGUGAGGGUGUCCGUUCCGGUCAUAGAUCAGGAUGCUUGUAUGGGCAGCCUCGAAGAUGCUUCCCGCAUCCUUGGGAUGGGGCGUUUGCCUGGAAGCCUGGAUGGGAGUGCACAGAGUGGCUGGUCGGAGACGCCUCGGUCUAGACCUGGAUGCAGCCCGCGCUCGGGCAAGCCCAAGGCGAAGCAAGACCUGCCAAGUCGGUUCCGACUGAAGAGCAGCGGUGAGCUUCCUGUCUUCCAACUUGGAGAUCGACCGCUGCUUCUUCCACCAACGACGCAGAGCGCGUCGGUGGCCAGUGGAACGCCGAGGAAAGGUACCCGCUUGACACCUCGAAGGCCAGGCACACCACGUCGUGGAACACCGUGGCACGAGGCCCUUCGCCAGAAGCGUACGGCCCCUUUCCUCGGAGUUGCUCCAUCAGAAUUGGAGUUGUGCCAUUUGCACGUGGGAGAGUGCUUUGGACUUGCGGCUCUGUAUGAUCCGAAAGGCGAGUGCCCGUACCCAUCAAAAUGCGAGGUUCGAGUACAGAGCAGCGAAGCAAGGAUUAUGGUGCUGACGAAUGGCAGCUUGCUCUACUUGAACGAGACACUGGCUCGUACGUUGGUAGACAGGGCCAAAGAGAAGGGAGAUCCGGUUGCGCCGGCACUGCAAGAUAUCAAGCGGGAGCGAACACAUCGUUCACGCUGGACGAUGCAGAAGCUGAAAGUGCUGGACAGGAUAGUCAUGCAUGAGUGA